AUGUGGAGUGGAUGCAAAGCCGACUUCCGACAAGCUUCCAAAAAAGUUUUGGAGCACUCGAACACCCUCCUGCUUUCUACCUUCCAAGUUCAUUCGUCGUUCAUCUACCUUUCGAUCGAGAUGUCGUCAAAGAACAAGCUUUCAAAGUUCAAGAACGCCGUAGCAGCGUCGUCUGCCUCGUCUUCACCCUCAGCAUCUCGUUCCUCCUCUCCGAAACCCUCACCUUCGUCUUCAAGAACGGAAGCGAUAUCAACAUCGCAAGCCAACACACUACAAGCAUUGCAUCAGGAACACCUCGCUCGAAUCUCCUCUACCACUCUUCCCAAUCUGGCCUCUUCGCAUUCACGCCGUUUCCUUCGCUUUGCGCGGGCGCAGACGCAGACGUCCGAUGCCAUGUGGUCGACGCAAAAGAUCCAUGCUGUCAAAUACCGGCGGAGCUUGUGGGCCGAAGAUAUCGAGCCCGAAGCUGAAGUUCCAGACAAGGAGAUCGAUCGAAAGGUCGUACCAGACUUUUACCAUAAACAUAACCCGAGAUGCUCACGCUGCGCACUACCUCUUGUGCCAGGAUUGAAUCAGAUCACCCUCAAAGCUCGAACCGCAAGAAUUCACAAAGUCAAGAAAGUCAGUGCCAAGAACAAGACAAGAAAGCGCGUUUCCAGCUGCACUCUUUGCCACCACAAAACCUGGUCGUCCUGA